CCGACAAGUAGGUGAAACCCACUUCCUGGUAAACAAAAACUAGAAGAAGUUUCCAUUUGAGUUGCUGUUAUGACAGCAGCGUUUCCAUAGAUGUAGAGAGCAACAAUUUCUCAAUGGGUAAUCAGCUGACAGGUAUAGCACCUUCACAGAUUCUUCCGGUGGAACAGUAUCUGACAGACCUGCCAGAUCUCGAGUUCGACAACAGUUUGGGAAGUACAAGAUUUUUCAAGGUUGCCAAGGCAAAGAGUAAGGAAGGAAAUGUAGUAGUGAAAGUGUUUGUUAUCCAUGAUCCAUCACUACCGUUAUCUUCAUAUAAAACCAGACUUGAGGAAAUAUGUGUAAACUUGAAGGGGACAUCAAAUUGUAUACCAUUUCAGAAGUCUGUGCAACAAGAAAAGGCCGCUUUGUUGUACAGGCAGUAUGUUAAGGACAGUUUGUAUGAUAGAAUCAGUACACGACCAUUCCUGAAUACAGUUGAGAAGAAAUGGAUCGCUUGUCAACUGCUUUGUGCACUAAACCAGUGUCAUAAGUUAAAGGUAUGCCAUGGUGACAUAAAGUCUGAGAAUGUGAUGAUAACUGGCUGGAACUGGUUACUGCUUACAGACUUUGCCAGCUUCAAACCUACAUAUCUACCCGAUGAUAACCCAUCAGAUUUCUCGUAUUUCUUUGACACAUCUAGACGGAGAACAUGCUACAUUGCUCCAGAGAGAUUUGUCGACAGCAGUUCUCGUAAUGUUGAGGUCACAGGUCAAGGUCAGAAUCUUGACCUUACUGCUACUGGUGAAGUGAAAACUGGAGACCUCACACCUGCCAUGGAUAUUUUCUCUGCUGGAUGUGUGAUAACAGAGUUGUUUACAGAAGGUAGCCCACCAUUUGAUCUGUCACAGCUACUUUCCUACAGAAACAGAGAAUACAGUCCAUGGAAAAUAUUGGAGAAAAUUGAAGAUACCAAUGUUAGGGUAGCUGGGCGGGCAAAAGCGUUUUUAGCUGCCAAUCUUCAGGGUAGUGGUUCGAGGCCCAGUCCGGCUGUGAAACAUCAGCACGGGAACAGCCAUAAAUAUGAAACAGCCCAGCACAGUAUAUUCCAGUGCAAAUUGCGGAGGUGCCAGGAUAACCCACCACAGGAUUUCCAGCUAGGUACGCCCCCGUACUCCCAAAUUCACAAUAUUCGCUCAGUGUGGAAUUUAUGA